AACAACAGCCAAAAUGCCUAGAAUAGUGGGGAAGAAAAACACCAACACUAUAACGGUGGAGUUCAAGCCAAGCUCUGGGGAUUUAUCAUCAGAUGAUGAAUUCCAAGUUGAAGAUGAAUAUGGGUCUCUAGCUCAGACACCAGUCUCGUACUCGUACCAGGAUGAGACGGCCAGAGUUGUUAGCAUUGCAUCCUUAGACUCCAACAUGAGCCGACGAAGCAGCAAAGUCAAGGUGUUCGUCCGCACUCGGCCCACGGACAAUUUUGCCCAUGACCUGAUCGACUUUGACACAGAGUCCAAGGCGGUCAAUGUGCAUGCCAAAAAGGAUGCGCGGCGGGGGGUGGUCAAUAACCAGAUGUUGGACUGGUCCUUCACGAUGGACGGGAUCCUACACAAUGCCAGUCAGGAGCAGGUGUACAAUGGAGUUGCAUCGGAUCUGGUGGCACAGUUACUGGAUGGCUACAAUGGUACAUUGAUGUGCUAUGGACAGACAGGAGCUGGGAAGACGUUUACCAUGACAGGAACUACAGAGAACUACCAGCAGCGUGGGGUCAUUCCGAGGGCAAUUUCUCAGGUGUACAAGGAAAUUGAGGAGCGAGGCGAGCAGGCUGUGACCGUCCGCAUCUCCUACCUGGAGAUCUACAACGAGACCAUGUUUGAUCUCCUGAGUACCUUACCGGACGCCAUCCAGGGCCUGCCCAUGAUGACCAUCAGUGAGGAUGCGUUUGGGGUCAACAUCAAGGGGCUGUCCUUACAUAUCGCACAGAAUGAGGAGGAGGCACUCAACUUGCUCUUUGAGGGUGAGACCAACCGAGCCAUCGCCUCGCACACCCUCAACCAGGCCUCGUCUCGUUCCCACUGCAUAUUCACCGUCCACGUAGAGUCCCGGUCGCGGACAGACUCCACGGCCAAGUACAUGAAGAGCAAACUCAACCUGGUGGACCUGGCUGGUUCAGAGAGGCUUGGAAAAACAGGGUCUGAAGGCAAGACGCAGCAAGAGGCGAUGUUCAUCAACAAGUCUCUGACCUUCCUGGAGCAGACCAUCAUCGCCUUGGCCGACAAGAAACGGGAUCACAUACCUUACAGGCAGACCAAACUCACCCACGCGCUCAAAGACUCACUCGGUGGUACCUGCAACACUGUACUGGUUGCUAAUGUUUGGGGCGAGGCAGCACAGAUUGAAGAGACUAUAUCCACACUGCGCUUUGCCAUCCGCAUGAGGGGCAUCAGCAUUGAACCGGCCGUCAACGAAUUCUUUGAUCCGGUGUUGCUCGUCAAGAAACUCACCAAGGAAAUUGAGCAUCUAAAGCAUGAGCUGGCGAUGCACGAUACACUGGCCAACAGGAGUCAGGUCAACUACGAGCCCCUGUCAGACGCCCAGCAGCUUGAAAUCCAGAGCCAGGCCCGGCGGUACCUGGACGGUGCCAUAGAUGAGAUGGACGUGGUCAACGUCCGUCAGAUCCAGACGGUCUUUUCCUCAUUCAAGAACAUCGUGGGCCAGAUGGAGCAAGACGUGGAGGCUAGGCUGAGGGGCAAGUACACGCUGAUUGACCGCAUGGAUCCGGCCGCUGUGGCUGCAGCUCAGAAGGCCGGGGUGGUGUUUGAUGACAACGGAGGGGCCACAUACGUUGGUGACGUGGAUGGCCAGGGUUUCGGUCUGGGUGUAGCGCCCUCAUCUGCCAAGCCCACUCACUCAGCCAUUGUGUCUGCCAAGAAAGCCAGAACCAAGAAGGGCAAAGACAGAGCAAGCCCGCAACCCACCAAGGUCGUCCAAGGCACCACCAGUCCUGUGCCCAGCACCCACCCCACGGAGCAGUCCUCUCCGGUCCGCCCAGCUCCCCUUGAAAUGAGGGAGUCAGCGGUGCGUGCCGAGACAGCCUCAGCGGCCGGCUCAGGAGGGCCUCUGUCGGAGCUGCCCCAGCCACCACGGGCCAGCACGCCGCCGCUGCGCACUGUCGCCUUCGAGGAGUUCAAGCAUGAGAGAGGGAGCGAGAUUAAUAGGAUACUCAUAGAAAACAAAGAUAUUCUUGGAACUAAAAAGAAGCAAUGCCGAGACCUGGCCAAGACCAUCAACAUAACAAAGGAGGAAAUCGACCAGACGCGACAGGCCAUUGACAAAGUCAGGAAUGACAGAUCUGAGCAGGGAGACUUUUCCACAGAAAAUGGUGAAAUGGUGAUUUCAGAGGAGGAAUUCCAGCUGAUCCGUAAGCUGAAGGAGCUGAAAGCAGCUUACAGGCUGGACUACGAUGAACUACGCCAGGUCAAGUCAGAGGUGCAGUACUGCCAGAAACUUGUGGACCAGUGCAGACAGAGGCUGAUCACAGAAUUUGACACUUGGUAUUCAGAGUGCUUCCUAAGUAGUGAUGACCAGCAGACUAGUGCUAAUGCAGGCUUUGGUAUACGAUCAGGCACCAUGUAUAAUGUAGACAUGCCCGAGGACGAGGGAGAGAAAUUUGAACGCCUUCAGUCCCAGCUUUUGAUGGAGAAUCCGGACUCCGCUUUUUACAAUGCCAGGAUGCGCACAGAUAGACGGCAAACUCUGGAGGCAGCAAUGAGGCAAGCCCAGGCCGACAGACGAGCAGUGGGCACACCCACCAAGACCAUCCGCAAUCAACCUCCAUCACUCAUGGCUGUCCAAAACUAACGCUGUUUAUACUGUUCAAUCCAUGAAAAACAAUUGUAAAAAUCCAUCCCAAAUUUACUUAUAGACACGGUGUAUACAUGUAGUAAAGACAGGGGUCGCUGUUAAUAUGAUUGCACUGUUGUCCUAGUAAAAUUUGUAAAAAUUUGUUCAAACUUUUUUUUCUUCCUUUAUGGGUUUGGGUUUUGGUUUAAAUUAAAAAUCUGCCAACCCAUUUCAUGUAUAUGUAUAAAUUCUUUUCUUUUACUUUUCUAAACCAGCAUUUCCUUUUCUUUUAUGUCAGUCAGAAAGAAUGAGACACCUCAAGAGGCUUUGUGGAAUUGUCUUUAAAUGAAGGAUUUAUGUAUUCUGUUCUUAAGGGAAUUGUUAGGUCUGAUGUAAUUACCCACCUUAACUGAUUUAACAUUGAAUGUCCGAAGGUUCACGUGAGCCUCUCAUGAGCAUCUGACGUUGGCUUUUAGGAUAAUUGCAGCAGCUAAUCGAGGCUGCCGCCUUAUGAUCGACCUUGGUGCAAACCCUUAGAUCAGAAGAUGCAUCAUUCUUCAACUUGUGAUCAUUCAGAAAGUAGUUAUUGCUAAAUGGUCAACGUGCGUUGACUAGAGCAUCUUCCACACACCACCUUUUCCGUGAAUAUUUGAGGUAUGGAUGUUCUGUACACCUGUAUUUAUAGUGUUACGUUUUAGAAUUAUGUUUUCAAAUUAGAUGUAGGCAUUACUUGUGUAUGUGUGCUUUAGAGAUCAUUGAAUGAAUGUGCUGAAAACAAAUUCAGUAUUUGCAAAUUGGUCGCUACACAUGUCAACAUUUUUUUAAAAAGCCGUCCACAUCCUUUGCUGAAGAUUUUUUUUGUUUCGGCUAAGUAAAAAAGUCCUAGGCUUGUUUUGUAAUUAUUACUGAUGUACAUAUGGAAUUCAUUGACUAUAAUCCGUCCUCUUUGUAAUAUAAUGUGCUUUCACUAAUACAUAACAGACAGUGGGCUGGUAGUCCCGUUUCUGAACAUUAAAAGAGUGAAUUGAAACCGAAGAAUGUAAAAUUUGACAGCAGUCAUUAUUUUGUUUUCUUGUUUUAUUGAAACUUAAAAUACAGUUAUUUACAGACCACUAAUGCAUAAGAGUAUUUUCGUUUUUAUUUUCAAAAUGGUUAGAAUACUGACCGUAUUGGUUGUGGGGUAGUUUUCUAUUGUAUGUGAUAUAGGAACAGAGAUAUGGGGACACUGAACUGCCCCUAAUGUUUUUGGAAACCCAAAGACGUGUCCCAACCUCACACACUGCCAGCUUGCACACACAAAAAACCAACAAAAACCGAUCAAUUCAAUCAAACAGCUCCUCAGUACGAUGACUGGAAAUUCUGCACAAAUACAGAAGUCAUGAAGGUUUUAAUUCAGCUUUACAUGCACGAUGUAAAUACACUGUACUGGCAGGCAUUCAAUCAGUCUGCAUGUUCACUACAGAAUCAGCACAACACUUAACCACAUAAAAGAGCAACAUGCUUUGUGUUAAUACAUGUACACAUUUAAUUUUAGGCAUAAAAACACUGUGACUGGAUCAUUCAAAAGAAAAAGACCCCCCAAAAGAAGGCGCUAUAAUUUAACCAAAACCCUCAAAACCCAAGAAACCUGGCAAAACCAUAUCUGGAACUCUUUUUUCCAGAUUCCCUCCCCAACAGAUGCUCAGCGGGGCAUCAAUAGUAAUGAUCACUUCCAUAAUAGACCUGAUGCGUUAAGCCGGAAUUAGAGGUCGAUGUAUUGUACUGUGUGGAUAGGCAUGAGAAAAC